UUAUUUUAAAGCGUAAACUUAGUAGACAGGUUGUAUUAAAAUUUCGCUGAUGUGGAAACCAAUACCGAAGGGAUCGAUUUAUCUUGGUAAUUUGCUCAGCUCCAAUUUCAUUCGCUGUUUAAUAGAAAACAGCUUGUGUUCGUGCACCUCCUUAUGCCCCGAUCUAAUGGUAGAAAACACAAUUCAGUAAACAGUCUGUUUCUGCGAUGAUUUAUUAUGAUCCUGUCUGCAGGCAUUGGAAAACUUUUUCGCUGUACGGCGUGAGAAGAUGGGUUUAAUUAGGUGUGCUUAGUGGAUUUUUUAAACCUGUUUGAAGCUUGAUCAUUAAUAUAAACCGAACUUUAGUUUGACAAAUAAGUUGUCACUUGUUAUCAGUCAUGUCCUCGAAUGGUCGCAUCAUAAUUUACGGAGGCAGAGGAGCUUUGGGCUCCAAAUGCGUGUCACACUUCAAAGCAAAUAGAUAUUGGGUUGGCUCCAUAGAUCAUCGCGAAAACGCCGAAGCUGACCUGAACAUAAUCGUUGACAAGACUCAGUCACCAGAGGAACAAGAGAAAACAGUACUAGAAUCCACUGAGGUUGUUCUUGAUGGCUGCAAACUCGAUGGAAUAUUCUGCGUGGCUGGAGGCUGGAUCGGAGGAAGUGCCAGCAAAGAUCUGGUUAAGAAUUCCGAUACAAUGUGGAAUUCUAGCGUGAUUAGCUCUUUAAUUUCCACAUCUUUGGCUGUUAAACAUCUAAACGAAGGGGGGAUUUUACAACUGGCGGGGGCCAAGGCUGCUUUGGAGGGUACCCCCAACAUGAUUGGUUACGGUUUAGCCAAAAAUGCGGUGCAUUAUUUGACCAAGUGUUUGGCAAAUCCCAACAGUGGCUUACCCAAAAAUGCCACGGUGGUAUCCAUUUUGCCUUCAACUUUGGACACACCCCUGAACAGGAAGUGGAUGCCGAACGGCGACUUUACCACUUGGACUCCGUUGGAGUUUGUUGCCGAAAUGUUCCUCAGUUGGGUCAGAGGACAGAACAAGCCCACUUCAGGUAGUCUCCUGCAAUUAGUCACCAUCAACUGUAAUACUGAUAUAAUUCCUGUUAUUAAAUAUUGA